GUGAUCAAUGCGGCCCUCACUCUGGCCGCUCGGCCCCAGAGCAAGGUUGCCCAGGACAACAUGGAUGUGUUCAAGGACCAAUGGGAGAAGCAGGUGCGCAUCCUCACCGAGGCCGUCGACGACAUCACCUCCGUGGAUGACUUCCUGUCCGUGUCAGGUAUGGAAUCGGGAAAGAUUAGAAAAUGUUGUAUACUGUUAAAAUGAAGUGUUUUCUAACACUUAAACUAGUGGCAACUGAGCUGCCACCAACCAGAGGAGGCUGGUUGGAGGAGCUAUAGGAGGACGGGCAGAUUGUAAUGGCUGGAAUGGAAUUAAUGGAACGGUAUCAAACAUAUGGAAACCGCAUGUUUGACUCCUUUCCAUUAAUUCCAUUCCAGCCAUUACAAUGAGCUGUCCUCCUAUAGCUCCUCCCACCAGCCUCCACUGCCACCAACAUAUAUUAUGUCUCGGAGUAUAACUGUUUAUUGUAUAACAGUUCUUAACACCUGGGGCCGUAUGUAUCAAAUGUCUCAAAUGUCUCUCCUCUGAGACGCUUGAUACAUACGGCCUCAGAUAAAGUAGACUCUGUGUGUUUGUACAGUGUACAGUAUAGGUAAGUACGGUGUUUUUACACCGAAAGACGCAUUUAUCCGACAUAGUUUCUGCUCCCAUUCAGAGAAAGGAGAAAGCUUUCUUGUAGAUGCCUAUAUGGCUUCUAAUGAUGAUGACUGUGAUAUCAUUUAAUACAGAUUCCCAUGAUAAUUAAGUGAUUUAGUCAUUAGGACAUACAACGGUAGAACACAAUAUUCUCAGCUUUUACGGGAUCUAAGCUUUAUAGGCCAUAAUGGGUAAGUGGCUAUUGAUGCAGGUCCAGGACAAAAACAUGCUUUCUAAAGGAAAUUAAUUAUUGUUUAGGGUUCAUCCCAAAUGGCACCCAAUUCCCUAUAUACAGUAGUGCACUAUUUUUGACCAUUAGAGAGAGAGAGAGAGAGAGAGAGAGAGAGAGAGAGAGAGAGAGAGAGAGAGACAGAGAGAGAGAAUAGAGUGCCAUUUGGGAUGCAUGCUUAGACCUUUCAUCUGAACAACACCAUCAUGGCGGUCGCCCUUGAUGGGGUCACCCACUCACUGUGUUACUGUGAUGGAGCUUGUUAAUAAUUCUACUGUAGUCUGGGUAACAGAGAGGCGACAAAUACAGGUUCAUGGUUCAAAAUGAAUCGCUUUCAAAAGAGGAGAACACAGACACACACACAUGCGAGCAUGCACACAUACACACACACGUGAGCACAUAGGCACAUUCACACACACACGUGUAAGUACACACACACACGUGAGCGUACACGUUCACACAUACACAGUACAGGUCACCUUUAUGGUAGCAGUGUUUCCCAAACUCAGUCCUCGGGACCCCACGGGGUGCACGUUUUGGUAGAGUCUUUUGAAAGACUACCACCUCAUUCUGCAACUGUCUUUAUUGUAGUCCACAAGGACCCUUGUCAAUUACAUUUGACAUUUUAGUCAUUUAGCAGACGCUCUUAUCCAGAGCGACUUACAGGAGCAAUUAGGAUUAAGUGCCUUGCUCAAGGGCACAUCGACAGAUUUUUCACCUAGUCGGCUCGGGGAUUAGAACCAGAGACCUUUCGGUUACUGGCACAACGCUCUUAACCACUAAGCUACCUGCCGAAAGGGUUAAAAUGAUUGUGCAAUGAGCUUUAGGGAUAUCUGGGCUUUCUCUUUUUUAUCAAACAGCAGUUGACCCUCAAGUUACUAAACUAUCCCAUGAAGCAUGUUUGUGCCUAAUGAACACCAUAUUGACACCCCCCACCCCCCCGACCCACACCCCCGCCUCUCGCUCUCUCUCCAACUCUCUCUUGCUUUCCUUGUCCCUUUCUCCUCUCUCUUUCUCUCUCUCUCCCGCUCUCUCUCUAUCGCUCCCUCCCUCUCCUUCUCUCUCUCUCUCUCUCCCUUUAUCUUAACCCCACAGAAAACCACAUUCUGGAGGACGUGAACAAGUGCGUGAUCGCCCUGCAGGAGGGCGACGUGGACACCCUGGACCGCACGGCGGGCGCCAUCAGGGGUCGGGCGGCCCGCGUCGUCCACAUCAUCAACGCGGAGAUGGAGAACUACGAGCCUGGCGUUUACACCGAGCGCGUCCUGGAGUCUAUCAAGCUGCUGUCUGAGACC